AAUAAUGAAAAUUUGGUUUUUUCUGGGGGGUUGGACUAAGGGCAAUAUAAGUACUUCAGAAAUCCUCUGUAUUCAACAUUUAUACAGAGAGAAAGACAUGGCCGUCAUAGAAGAUUUCGCAGUGCAUUUUUUGACAGCCAUCCUAUCUUUGGCAAUAUUAGUGUUGUACCUCCAUGGAAGGUCCAAAAAGGCUCCUACUGAGAAACAUAAACUUCCCCCAGGGUCUAUGGGAUGGCCACUCAUAGGAGAGAAUAUCCAGUUCCUUCUCUCUACUAUGUCAGACCAUUUUCCAAGAUCUUUCAUCAAUUCAAGACAGCUUCGAUAUGGUGACAUCUUCUCCUCUAACCUGUUUGGAAGGAGGGUUAUUAUAUCUGUGAAUCCAGAGUUCAACAGAUUUGUGUUGCAAAAUGAGGGAAGGUUGUUUCAAACUUCCAAUACUCAGGGGUUCAUUGAUAUAACUGGGAAAUAUGGUCUACUUGCUCUCCGUGGAGAUCUUCAGAGAAAGAUUCAUGGAAUAACUGUUAAUUUACUCAACCAUGAAAAUCUACGUUCCCAUCUGAUGGAUAACAUUGAAAAUCUAUUGAUAAAUGCAAUGUCUGAGUGGGAUGGAAAGAAGAUCAAGUUACAAGAUGAGUGUCAUCAGAUAAUUUUGAACCUCAUGGCAAAGCAGUUGCUGGAUUUAUCCCCUUCCAAAGAAACAGAAGAGAUUGCAAGGCAGUUUGACAACUUUUCAGCAGCAGUUGUGUGUCUUCCCCUUCGAAUUCCUGGUUCAACAUUUUACAGAGGACUUCAGGCCAGGAAAUAUCUGCUAAACAAGAUAUACGAGAUUAUGGGAGAGAGAAGGAAACACCCUGAAGUAGUUCACAAUGACCUAUUGUCAAAAUUCCUAAAGGAGGAUCCUCCUCUUCCUGAUGAAUUUGUGGUGGAUACUCUUCUGUUUCUGCUCUUUGCAGGCCAUGAAACUGUUUCCCGCUCCAUGGCAAUGAGUAUAAAGUUUCUUACAGACUGUCCUCAAGCGUUGAAACAACUCCAAGAUGAGCACGAUCAAAUUCUGAAAUCGAAUGGCAAUAAAAAAUUAAGUUGGGAUUCCUAUAAAUCAAUGAAAUUCACUCAAAACGUUAUAAAUGAGGUUCUUCGUAUGGCAAACGUUGCACCAUUUUUGUUCAGAGAAGCUACUCAAGACAUUGAUACAAAAGGUUAUCAAAUUCCAAAAGGACAGACUAUCCUAGUCUUUAUGUCUGGAGUGCACACGGACGAGAAUAAUUAUGCUGCGGCCUUCGAGUUUAAUCCAUGGCGCUGGGAAUCAUGCGACAAUGGAGUUUCAAAUAAUCCCCUGUUUGCCCCAUUUGGAGGAGGUGGGAGACUCUGCCCAGGAUAUAAUUUGGCUAGGCUUGAGCUGUCGCUCUUCUUACACCAUUUCGUUACUAAAUUCAGGUGGAAGGUGCAUGUAAAUGACAAGAUAUCGAAUCUUCCCUUUCCUCAUAUGGUUAAAGGACUUCCCCUUCAAUUGUAUUCUAGGGAUUGAUAUUUCUUUUUAAAUUAUAAUAUUGUUAAGCGAGAGAUAUCAAAUUAUAUAAUAAUUAUGAAUCUUUUUAAUUAUUAUUUAAUUUGAAUAUUUUAUUAUUUA